AUGCCGCCGCCCGCACCCGCCGGCGAGCGCAGUGGCGCGCCCGACCAGCGCCGCAUCUCGGCCAACGCGCCGCACCUCGCCGCCCAGCGUGCCGUCGCCUCGUCCGACAAGACGGUGUGCAGCUGCGAGCGCUCCUCAAGCGUCGAGUCCCACGUCUGUGCGGCCUGCGAGAGCGCCUCGCGCCAGCCCGUGACGCCGUGUCGUCCGAGGGUGCAAGAGUCUCGCGGCGAGCAGAGCGCCCGCUCUGCUGCAGGCAGUGCUCCUCGCACCGUGCUCCGUCAAGCAUCGCGCAUGGAGCCCAUCGUCGAGGCUCACGAAUCCGCCAUCGCCGCCGCAGCCAAGGCCAAGAAGUCACCCGAGGCGCCGCCGCCGCGCGAGGCCGCCACGGGCACGCUGCACCGCUCGGCCUCGCGCACGCCACGCACCUCGCCCUUCCUCCUCUCAGACCCCGUGACCUCGCUCGAGCAUCUUCUACCUUCGUCACCGGCCCAGUCGCAGCCCCAGCGCAAGCCGCCGCCGCAGCGCGCCUCGAGCACGCGUCAACGCACCGCCAGCGUGCAGGCCCUGCCACCCGGCUCGGCACUGCGCGACGCCAGCAUCGGCUGCGGUGGCCCUGGCGUGCUGAAGCUCAGCGAGUCCGACUCGGCGCUACGCUCCUCGGCGCCUCGCCGUGGCAUUAGCCAAAGUCCUACUCGAGUGCACGGCCGCAUGCCGCCGCCGAAGCCGCUCAAGAUGAGUGCCGAGCCGCGCCGUGCGCUGCAGCCGCGCACCAACUCGGGCCCGCUCGUGUCGCACAAGCGUGUGCACUACGACGAUGCCAUCGUCGACGAUGAGCCCGAGCCGGCAGGCCCAAGCAAGAAGGCCAAGGUCGGCCUGGCGGCGCACGAGGACGUCUUCGGCCCGGCGCCGCCGCUUCGAGGCGCACGCGACCAGCAGGUCAUGCGUCGCAACGGCACGCCGCAGGGCAGCGGCAGCCGGCCCAACGUCCGUGUACCAAGUCUGGAGGUGCUGAGCGAGAUGCGUGCCAGCAGCUCGCAUGUCGCACAUCAGUCACAGCAGCAGCAGCCACAACAGCAACAGCCACAGCAGCAGCAGCCGCAAGAUCGUCAGCGCGCGCCUUCGCCGGCUGAGCAUCUGCCAGCGGCGCCGGUGAGCAAGACAUCGUCGAGCAUGAUCGUCGUCGACGACCUCUUCACGCCCAAAGUAGCGGCCAAGCUCAAGGCCGAUUACGGCGGCGACGCUCCUGCCGGCAGCAGUGCACCGCCUUCAGUCCCGCAGGACAAGCCUCAGCAGCCGGCUCCGGCUGUCGCUUCGUCAAGUCUCCCAGCGGCUUUUGAGUCUAGCGAGGACGUGAAGGCUGCGAAGCCUCCGACGUCACUCGCCGAGGACCGCAAGCGUGAGCUGCGUCCGGCCGCAAAGUCGCUGUCGCCCGACCCUGGGCUGUAUGCGCCGCCGUCCGAGACCGCGGUGCUGCGCCGCGUCAUGUCGCACGGCGUGCCGCCGCCGGCGCCGCCGCCAGCAGAGUCUGAACCGGAGCCGUCUGAUCUUCUGCAAGAGCCGUCGCGCUCGCCGUCGCCGGAUCCUGACGAGCCGGGACUGACGGCAGCGCAACGUCGCGAGAUUGCGCGGCUCAGCGCAUGCUACGACGCGACGAGAGAGUCGGCACGGGACGUGCUGUACGACUACAUCGUGUGUCUCUCGUCGAACCUGCCGGGCAUGCCUUCGGCCGUGCGAGUGCUGCCGACGGAGGAAGCCACGCACGCGGCACGUGUUUCUGCCUUCUUCCUCGGCGGCCUUCAGGCGGUCCAGACGCUCCAUGACUGCCUCCGAGCGCUGGCUGCGGGCAACCUGUGCCUCGACGAUGUCGAAGACCUUCGCUUUGCGGUCGACGUCUGAGCAUCCGCGGUGCCUAGCCGCGCAUUGCCCUCCAGCCACCUCGUCCAUCCAGCCUGUAGCAUACCUGUACCCGUCCUUUCGCGCCGGACCUGCUCCAC